AUGGCAUCAUUUACUACUGAGACCGCCGCCGUGAUCCUCCCUGGGUCGACCAUCCUGGUGACCGGGGCCAAUGGCUACCUGGGCUGCCGCUUCUCAAACACGUUGAUCGAGCGAGGCUACCGAGUCCGUGGCGUAGUGAGAGACAAGGAAAGGUGCCAGCACAUUCAGGACUUUUUUGACCAAAAGUACGGAGCCAAGGGCCAGUUUGAGCUGUUCGAAAUUCCCGACCUGACCAAGCAGGGGGCCUUUGGCGAUGCCGUGAAGGGAUGCGCUGGCCUCGUCCACUUCGCCGUAGACAACGGCUUCUCCCCCGACCCCACCGUCGUCGUGGACGGCUCCGUCGCCCUUACUCUCCGCGCUCUCGAGGCAGCGGCCUCCGAGCCUGGCCUGCGUCGCUUUGUCCUCACAUCGUCCUACAUCACGGCGUGCCAGUACCGCAUGAACGAGGCCUACGAGGUCACGCAAGCCAGCUGGAACGACGACUACGUCGAAAAGGCCUGGGCGCCGCCGCCCUAUAACGGCGACCGCUCGCUCUAUGUCUACGGCGCCGCCAAAGUGCAGUGCGAGCGGGCCAUGUGGCGCUUCGUCAAGGAGCGGGCACCGUCUUUCGUCGCCAACGCCGUGUUGCCCGACUUCGUCACGGGCCCAUCCAUGCCACAUGCCAAGCCCAACGUCGGCCCAAUGUCCUUCGCCCUCGAGGCGCUAUGGGACGGCGGCGAGGCCUGGAAGUUCCUGGGCCCACAGUGGAUGGUCGAUGCCGAGGACGCGAGCCUGCUGCACCUCGGCGCGCUGCUACACCCCGGUUACCAAGGGGAGCGCAUCCUCGGUUGCGCGCACCGCAAGAGCUGGGGCGACUGGAUCAGACGACUGAGGGAGAUGUAUCCACAGCACUCGUUCCCAGAUGCUCCAGAGAAGGAGGACGAGAACUUGGAGAGUAUUGUGGACCGGCCCAGGGCCGAGGAGCUCUUGAAAUGGCUAGGGAGGGAUGGAUUCCGGCCCAUGCAGGAUUCGAUGAAGGACGCGUUCGACACCAUGGCCAAACGGGGGCGGGGGGGAGAUGAUGCAUAA